CAAACAUGUCUGGAAACAGCAGUAGUGACGAUCAACAUGUUAUAGAGAGUAGAGAGGAGGAAGAGAGUAGAGAGGAGAAACUAAAACCAGGGGAGAAAAGAAAUUAUGACAACAAGUACCAGGAGAGAAACUGUAAAAUUAACGCCUUACAAAAGUCAAAAAGCAGAAUUGUCAAAAAUUUACAAAAAUUUGCAACCAAAUUGGAAAGAGAACAGGUAUAUGAGCCCGUUGAUACCCUCUUCCUCAUUAGGAGGAAGGGGAGUAAAGUAAUUAAAGCAUUUGGAUAUGGGGAAAUGAUUAAACGUUUUUCGGAAGGCCUCCCCAUUACAGACAAACUACCAUACAGCCAUAGGAAGAAGCUGCCAACUAUGCCUGAGGUGACCCCGGACCAAGAAGUCAUUCUGCUGACACCAGAGAAAGAUCCUUUCAACUUUGGUGUCGGCAGCGGGAGAAAUUUGGCCAGGGAGCAGAAAGAAAUGCUGGAGCAAAUGGAGAUUAAUGUGACACCAGCAGAUGUGAAUGUACUACCAUCAACAUCCACAUGUAACACCAACAGACCAGGCACCAGCAGUGAACCCAGCAACACUAACAGACCAAGUACCAGCAAUGAACCCAGCAACACUAACAGACCAAGUACCAGCAAUGAACAUGAUGAAUCAAGCAACACCAACAGACCAAGCACCAGCUAUGACCCAAGUAGCAGCAAUUUUGAUAUAAGAUCAGCAAAGAGGGCUCUGUAUGCCGAGUCAAGAAAAGAUAGAAGUAAUCAGAUCACCGGACAUGCCAGAGGAGGGGUAAGAGGUAAAGGAAAGGGUAGAGGAAAGUCAUCAGCCAUUAGAGGUAGAGGUAGAGGUAGAGAAACAACAUCAAAUCUCCCUCAGAAAAGAAAAAAGAUGUCUGACUUGUUUGAUGAACAGAGUGAUGAGGAUGAUGAGCCAGUGACAAAAAAGCAGAAAACCUGUUCUCAUACCUCGGAGAUUGUAGAAGACAGUGAGGAAGAGAGCCAGAAGGAAAGCCUGUUAUCUGUCUCUCAAACAGAGCAACUUUUAGAAGAGAUGGCAGAUCCAAUGAUACAAGAUCUUUUACUUUUCCAGCAUGACCAGCAAAGUUAA